AAAAGUUAAUGCUAAGUGCACAGCCUGUGUAUUCACAGGAAGCUUUUAUGUGUAAUAAGUAGCUAACAGAUCACUUCAAUGCUGGAAUAGGCAGAGACAUAAUUAAGAACUAUUAGUUUAUUGAGGGGGGGGGAAAUAUGGAUAAGCUCUAUUGAUAAUGCGUUUUUAAAGCAUUGCUGAUGUUCAGAAUUAUACCAGAGCAAAAGUAUGGGAUUAGCUGGUGCAUAUGUUUUGUCUUUUUGGCAUCUGCAAUGUGUGUGUAUUUCUACAAUUCUGAACACAAAUCAUCUAGUAGCAAUGCAUAUAUUUUAGAGAAAACACCUGGUUUUCUUAGUUUUAGAAAAGGUUCAUACUACAAGGAAGAUGUCAGCUAAUUAUGAAAUGUAUGAAGUUGUGGAAUUACUGACUUAACACAUUUCAUUUGUAACUGAAAACGUUGAAGCUAUGGGGUGCCACCCUAUGAAGUAUAUACGUAGGACUGGAUUCAGUAGAGCAUUUGAACACCAAUGUAACUGCAAGCAUGUGAAUAAACCCAUUUAAAUCAGUUAUUCAUCUGCUUAAAGUUGUGCAUGUGUUCUAACGCUUCUGCUGGAUUGACACUUAGGGGGGAGUGGGAGGAUUCUCUUUUCUAACUGUUUACCUUUGUAAUAGUGUAUGCAAGCAGGUUAUGUCUGUAGGUUUGUUUUUAAGGACGACUUACUGUAGUUUUCAAAGUACCUUGUAUUCUAAAGAAAAUUUAGAGCCCUCUUUUAGGCAUCCUUGUUCUGCAUACAACUUGAUUAAUAUUAAUUUUAAACUUGUAUUUAAUAAAACAUAGACUCAGUUUUGUCUGAAAAUGUAUUACAAUUUAUUUCUGCCAUUUUUGUGUAAAAUUUACAGAAACAGUGUUACAUCGUGCGCUCCAAAGGUAAUGUCUCAUUCCUCUAAGGCUGUGUCCUUUCCUUUUCUUCUUUCUGUUUUUAUCUUUCUUGUUUUUCUGAUCAUAUUGCUAUGUGCAUUGAAUCCUUUGUUAGGACUGAGGUUCUUGAGGGGGGUGGGUGAUAACCUACUUUUAUCAAAAAGAUGCAUUUCUAUUCAGCGGUAUCUUAAACCACUUUAAACUUCAGUGAAAAAAGGUAUUUCUCCCUCUGUAAAUAACUUGGAUAAUAGUACAUAUUAUAAGGCAGAUUUUGAAUGGUUUAAUUUAUAAAAAACCUGUAUAGAAAUGUUAUAAUAAAAUAGUAUUUGGGGGGAGGAGCUCAUCACGACCCUAGAGUUCUAUAGUGCAAGGGCUGUAAGUAGGUUUUCUCCUGAUUAAGUUUUGAAGCCAAAGUGAGUGUUCAAGGAUUGAAAGGCAGAACAUAUGCAGAAAACUCUGAUGUGGUCUCUUAAAGUGCAUGUUUGCAGAAUAAAUGUCAGGUUACCACCCUAACAAUGAGAUGAGAAAACUUUUGAAAGCACAAGGAGGAGUUGGGUUUCUGCUUCCCAUAGGGAGCCUCGUAAGUCACCUAACUAACUCCUCAUCGUGCAUUUAAAAAGCUUUCUUUUUGGAUAAUGCUUUUCCUUCUGUUUUCACUUUAUGAACAAGUAAAUGAGAAGAAUCCUAUCCAUUUUAUCUAUCAAAUUCCCACUGUAAUGGAAGAAACAUCUAAAUGAGUUUUAAUGUACCAACUAUCCCUUUCUUUGCUUAUUGAGUACUAGUCUAAAGAAAGUACAUGCUUAGGUAAUUUGCUUAAUUGGUCUUCAAGUGCUGCUGCAGCAUGGCAGGAGCACAUUACUACAGCAUUCAGAUCAAGUGGGUUUGAACCUAUUGCUGUUUAUAGCUAAUUCUGAGCACUAAGUUUUGUUUAUUGUUUCAUGGAAGUAACCCGCUUUUAUUUUUUCACUACUUGAAAUCAGCUUUAUAAUCAAGCCUGCUUAAACUGUUUACUUAAUAUCAGGUUUUUAAUGCAGUUACCUUUUGCUUAUAGAACUUCAAAAGCUGUAAGAAUUUUUGUUUGUAGAAAUAUGCUGUAUUAGGAAGGGAAAAAGAAAGAACACCCCCUACUAUUGAGAAAUUGUCAUCUUGAUAGCAUUUCUUUCCCUGUGUUAAACCAAAGAAGUUUUCUGUAUUAUUAUGGUAUUACAGAAGUGGAAGGUCAGUUGGCAUUUGGAGCUUAAAAAAAAAUCAAGAGUGUAAACACUCCCGAUUGACGUUUCCAUCUUUUGGCAUGUGUUCCAGCACUGCAGUGUUUUGAGUUCAAAACUUGAGUGAAGACCUGUGCUUAAAAAGUAGUAUUUUAUCAUAGCAGUGAAAAACUGACUUCAUUGUACCACAUCCAUAUUAAUCAUAAAUUUAGAAAAAGCAUCUGUGACUAUUCAUUUUGAGAGAGGGGAGUUCACUGGAAGAAGGCUAAAGGCAAAGUAGUGCCUGGGGAGGAGAGAGGAAGAAUGUUUUCAAAUAUUAAAAUAGUGUCAAAUGCAAAUUAUCUUGACUUUUUUUUUUUUUUCUUCCCCAAUAUAUAAGAUUAAUGGAAGUUCUGAUGUACCUUACUGAAUUUGUCUGAAUAGCAAGGUUUCCUGUGCAACAUUAUGCAGGCUUACUUGUAGAAGUAAUUUCCUUUAUUUCUUGGAAGAGGAUACAGAGAAAUACCAGGUCAUAGCACUGUCAUCAAUAAGGUGCAUCUUAACAUAUAAUUAUAUAUGCACAGCCUUGAAUAUUCCAAUCUGAAGUCAACUCAGAAAUUUGGCAUAACUCCAGAUACCUUUUAGGAUAGUGUACAAAAUGUAAUGCAGUUGCAUUUCUCUUUCAGGCUAGAAACAGCUAAACAUGGGAAGCUGAAACAUAGGGAGGAAGUCUGCAUUUAUCACAGGAGUAAACUGUAGGGUAGCAUAUAAUGUCUGCUUGCAUUGUGCUGCUGUUGCUUUUGGGAAGCCUGUGAGCUUAUGAGCUGAAGUGCUGUAGUCUUGACGGUUAAAGGCAAUAUUGCUUUGUGUUCUGAGUGAUGAGGCCAAGCCAGUAAAUGCAGAGUAAGAAAGAAGCAGGGGGGUGGGAAGCAAAGAAUCUAUCUCAUCUGUUAACUUUUCUUUUUUUUUUUUUAAAUAAACUGUGACUUUGAAAUGUAAGAACCCAACAAUUUCAGAAACACUUAAGUUCCACUAGUAACCCAGUAUGUAUUGCCAAAUUGUAUCUUCUCUGAUUAGCAAUGUUAGUUAUAUAUGAAUGUGUAUUUAAAUACACUUUGAAAAUUGUUUAUUGCAUGCAUAAAAUGAUACUUGGUACAACAUUCAAGUAUGCACAGUUAGCUAAACUUCAAACAAAUUUCAUAUAAAAGAUUAAAAAAUCUGUGAAGUUUUUUUAAUUCCAUGUAUGUAACUGGAUUUUUUUGCUAUUUUUUUUGUCUUACCUUCACCUCUUUUCUUUUUUCUGUGCCAUUCUCCUCUUUUACUUCAUCUGAACCCCUGAUUAUUUUUUUUACCAUCUUACCAUCUUGCUGUUUGUCAAACAGAACAACAAAACCUGCUCCUCAUCUUGAUGGUGUACAUGUUGUCUUUGGACUCGUUAUUUCUGGUUUUGAAGUAAUAGAGCAAAUAGAAAAUCUGAAAACUGAUACUGCAAGUAGGCCCUAUGCAGAUGUACGAGUUAUUGACUGUGGGGUGCUUGUUACAAAAUCAGCAAAAGAUGCUUUGGAGAAGAAGAAGAAAGUGUGUUCCGAGUCAGAAGCUUCAGACUCCUCCUCCAGUGCAUCAAGCUCUUCAGAAACUUCAUCUGAAAGUGAAGCUGACAAUGAAAGAAGCAGAAGAAGAAAACGUAAAAGAAGAGUUAAAACCAAACAAUCAAGAAAACGAAGAAAGGAAGAGAUAAAGAAAGAGGAUCCAAAGUGCAAGCGAACCUCAAACCAAAGAUGCAGUCUCUCUGACAAGAGUGAUACAACAGAAAAAACAGUCGAUGUUAGCAUAAAGAGGGACAAACCUGUGGUACGUCCUGAAGAAAUUCCCCCAGUGCCUGAAAAUAGAUUUUUGCUAAGAAGAGAUGUGCCUGUUGUCAAUGUAGAACCUGAACCGAAGCUUCUUGAUGCUACACCAGUUCUGACUGACCAGAAACCAUCAGUCUCUAAAUCUGGACGAAAAAUUAAAGGAAGAGGCACAAUACGAUAUCACACACCACCUCGAUCACGAUCAUGUUCUGAAUCCGAUGAUGAUGAGAGCAGCGAGACCCCUCCUCACUGGAAAGAGGAAAUGCAGAGAUUACGAACGUACAGACCACCUAGUGGAGAAAAGUGGAGUAAAGGCGAUAAGUUGAGUGACCCAUGUUCAAGCAGAUGGGAUGAAAGAAGUGCAUCCCGGAGAUCAAGAUCUUGGUCACAUAACGGUUAUUCUGAUCUAAGUACCGUGAGAUAUUCUAGCCAUCACAAAAAACACAGAAAAGAGAAAAAGAAGGUGAAACAUAAAAAGAAAUCUAAAAAGCAGAAACAUUUCAAGAAGCACAAGCAAAUGAAAAAAAAGAAAACAUCGGCCUCAUCAGAUGUAGAAUCCUCUCAUUCAUUCCUCAGGAGGACAAAGUCAUCGUGUGAUCGUGAGAGGAAAUCUCGUUCUUCUUCAUUGUCUUCUAGGCAUUCAUCCAGAAGAGACUGGUCUAAAUCUGAUAAGGAGGACCAAAGCUCAUCAACUUUAUCAAGCAGAGGGACUCGGUCAUACUACAGGUCCAGGUCUAGAUCCAGAUCUAGGUCUAAAUCAAGAUCUUAUUCCCGUAGAAGUUCUAGAUCAAGAUCAGCGUCUAAAUCAUCGCGUUCUCGAAGUAGGUCAAGGUCAAGUUCUAACCCUAGGGGUCAAAAGAGAGUUUCCAGUUCUCCACGAAAUAUUUCAACUCGAUUAAAUGAAAGCAAGUUGAACAAGACUUCUGAUCCUGUAAGAGCAGUUAUACUUCCAGGUGAUAAAGUUGUUGUACCACCAGUUGUCCCAGAAAACCUCCCUGUUAUACCCCUAAGUGAUAGUCCACCACCUUCAAGGUGGAAACCUGGACAGAAACCAUGGAAGCCAUCUUAUGAGCGAAUUCAAGAAAUGAAAGCUAAAACAACCCAUUUAAUACCCACACAAACUAAUUACAAUUUAGUAGUCACUAAAGAGGCUAACACUUCUUCCUCACACUGUAAGCGACAAAGUCCAGAUAGCGAUCGAAGCGGUUAUUCCAAAUAUCGUAGUGAGAGAAGCUCAGACAGUUGGCUGAGAUCAAGAAGCAGGUCCUCUCAAAGUAGGUCAUACUCAAGAUCUUAUACAAGAUCUAGAAGUCCAUCUAGCUGUAGGACAAAAUCUCAUUCUUCUGGCAGAUCGCCAUUACUGAGUAAAUACCAUAGUGACAGGUCAGGUUAUAGUGAGUCAACAUCUUAUUAUUCCCUUAGUGAUGAUGAUAGACACAGAAACAAAAGAAAAUCCGCAUCAAGUGAUCAAAAUGCUCGGUCUCUUAAAUUGAGGCAAGAAACAAGCUCUGAAAGUACGCUCCCUUAUAAUUGUACAAAAGACUAUGAUGAGUCUUCUCAAGGAUUGAAAGAGAGUGACAGUUUAUCAUCUUCAGACUCCUCUACUGACAGCGAGCAUUCUGCCAAAAUGAAAGCAGUCCAAGAGAAAGAAGACCGUUUUCAAUUAGAAGGAGAUAAUCAGAAACAGGAUAAAAAUAGCUUAAGUUCUGAGAGGAGGGGGGGGAAAUCCAAGUGUGAAGGAGAUUCUGAUCAUGCUAAAAAGAAAGCAGCUAAGGAAAAAUCUUCUGAGCAACCUAGAGGUGGUGCAAAAACUAAACGAAAAUCCUAUUCAGGUAGUAAAUGGGACUCUGAAUCAAACUCUGAACGAGGAGAUGCAAGACAUAACAGGGGAGAUUCCAGACCCUCCUCUAGUAAAGAAGAAGGAGAGGCCACAUCAGGAUCUGAUACAGAACUUAGUGUUACCAAAAGGAUAAAAAACCAAUCAAAUUCUUCAGAAGGCUUUCUGGAUUCUGAUGGUAUGUGGAAGACAAGCAAACAGUUGUCAUCUUCUGAAUCUGAGAGUUCUUGUUCUAGCUCAACAAACAUUAGAGGAAAGUCAAAGAAACACAAACACGGAUCAAAAAACCCUCUUAAAAAAUCACAUUCAAAAAAAGCAAAAGAAAAGUCAAAAGGGAAAAAGGAGAAGAAACACAAAGUUCAGAAAAGAAAAGAAAUGUUUCAUUGGCAGCCCCCCCUGGAGUUUGGUGAAGAAGAUGAUGAUGAGGUAAAUGAGAAGCUGGUUACUGAGGAUGAUAAAAAAGAAAACCAACUUACUGGGGACGUAAAGGAUAAAAACCAAAUUUAUGAAAAAGAAGAAAUAGUCAAAGAUAAAAUUGGAAAUGGUGAAAAGUGUGCAGAUGAAAACCUUUUAGGUGGCAAUGUUACAUGUGAUGCCUCACCAGAUCACAGUAACAUGAAUAAAGAUAGCAUUGAAACAGAUGCUUCAAACAGUGCUUUAAACUCAGGAAUAAAUGUGACCACUUGCAAGAAUGAGAUAAAACAAGUUGAGGAAAGUAACCAGAACGGAUUGGAAGAUGUGAUUCAGACAGAUGACAGCAUGGAGAUUUGUACUCCAGAUCGUAACUCACCAGGGAAGGUUGAUGUGGACGUUUUGUCUCCUGUCAUUCUCACUGCUAAACCUCAGGCUUUAAGUGCUAGUAUAAACGAAGAUUUACAGGUUGAAACCCCUGAACAAGAUGCUGUCAAACCAGGAAACAAUAUUACAGACUUCAGUAUUAAUAAAGAAGAAAAAGAAACAGGAAGACAAGAAAAUAACUCUGUCCCUGUGCCCAGUGCUAAAGACUGUAAUCUAAAAAGUGAAAAUACUGAAAAUACACAAAGUGGUACGAUAGAUAAUAAAUGGAAGCCUUUGCAAGGUGUUGGUAAUUUACAACCAGCACCAGUUAGUACUGCUGCAGAAGUUAAGACCGUAGCUUUAGCACCAGAGCCUAAACCAGCUGGUUUAAGAAUUGAAAUAAAAGCUAAAAAUAAAGUAAGGCCUGGAUCUCUGUUUGAUGAAGUUAGAAAAACAGCACGGCUAAAUCGAAGGCCAAGGAACCAAGAAAGUUCUAGUGAGGAAGAAUCUCCAAACAGAGAUGACAAUAGCCUGUCCAGGAGUCUCAGUAGGUCACGAAGUAAAUCUGAAUCGAAAUCCAGACACCGAACAAGGUCCAUAUCCUACAGUCACUCAAGAAGUCGAUCCCGAAGUUCUACAUAUUCAUAUAGGUCAAGAAGCUAUACAAGAAGCCGAAGCAGAGGAUGGUAUAGUAGAGAUUGGUCAAGAAGUCGAAGUAGUUCUUACCACAGUUACAAGAGUCGUAGUCGGACCUAUAGUAGAAGUAGAUCCAGAAGUAGUUCCUAUGGUCAUCACAGUCGAUCCAGUAGGUCAUACACGUAUGAUAGUUACUAUAGCAGAAGUCGAAGUAGAAGUAAAAGGAGUGACAGCUACCGAAGAUCUAGAAGUUAUGACAGGCGAUCCAGAUCUUAUGGCUCUGACAGUGAAAGUGAUCGCAGUUACUCUAACAAUCGAAGUCCCAGUGAAAGCAGCAGAUAUAGCUGAAAACAUUUUUUUGAUGAUGAUGAAAACUGUAUUUAAUGAUUUUUUCAGUGUUAUGUUAAAAACUGUUCUGACAGUGUCACGAGUGAAGUUGAAGAGUAUUUACUGAGUUAGCUGGAAUUUUACCAUUCAACAGUGAACUCACUUGACUGUAUACUUAUGGAGAGAAGUACUGAGCUCGACUCAAAAAUUUCAAAAUCAAAAAUCAGUUAUGUCAAAUGUUACUUUUACAAAAUGGGGGAGAAAAACCCCAGUUUUAUUUCCUUGAAAGGGAUUUUCCAAGCCAUGAAUGUCACUUAGACGAAUUUGCUGCCACCACUUUUCUGGGUUCAGCAAUCAGUACUGUCUUCAAGUAUGUUUAUAAACACCUUAGGGGUUUCUGCCUGUUUAAUAUUAAAUAUAUGCUAUCAAAUAUAAAACUGUGAAGAAAACUUCUUACAAAAGCUGCCAUUUCUAGUUUAUUAAAAUGCUUUUUUUUAGGGCUGGAGGAUGGGUUCCAUGCUGUCUUAUUUGUUGAUUAUUGCAUUAUAUACAGUAUAUACACAACAGCCAGGUGAUGAAAAGAGACUGCCACUCUGUCUUAAUCCUCACUGUACUGUGAUAUUACAGAAGUCUGCUGAAAGGGGUGAGAUUAUGCACAAUGGGAAUUGUCAAACUGACAAGCAGUGAACAGAAGCGUGGUGAAUGAAUGUUGAUCUUAAUAUCCAACUUGUCUAAACUUUUAUGUUUUAAAAGUGAAUUUUGUGAUAAACAGCAAUGUUCUUAAGAGUGUAAAAGUUUCUAAACACUUUGAAUUUCAUUUCAAUUCAUAUUACAGUGCUUGGCAUACUUCAACACAUUUUGAAGUUGAACUGUUGUAAACGGUUGAGUAUAUCAUGAGUUUGUUCAAUAACACUUUUUAAAAAACUUAGGUGAUGAUGAUUUUUUGAGAAAAUCAAACCAUAAUGGUUUCUUUAUAAAAUGUCUGUAGAUGUAUCCCAUUUGCCAUAGAGAAUAUCACAUAUUGAUACUGCAGAUAUUGAACUAUAUAUUGUUAAAGUGACAUGACUACAAAAAUACUGGUAUGCCUGAUAAAAAGCAUGGGCAAUACUUUCAGAGUUUAAUACCAAAAAUGAUUCCAUGUUACAGGUAAAUGGUUUGCAAAAAAAACAUAGAUUUAAGCUGAAGAGCAUUGAGUAAUCUUUGCAAUAUUCCAAUUGAGUUGAUUUUAAAUAAUUUGUAGUUUUUCAGUGUUUAGAAAGUUGUGAACUGAGAAACACUUUUUUUUUUUAAUGGCAUAAUGUAACCUGAAAAGUAGGGUCUGUAGUGAAAAAACAGGCUAACAUAGCUUAAUUAGAGCUAAUGAGUACUAUUGUAUUAAUAGUUUUCUUUACUGACUUUCUGUAAUAUCUUGAGAUGCUUUCAUUUUCUCAAAUGUUUUCAAUUAUUGAAAUUUUAAAUCUUGUCGGGACCUAACAGCUUUGAAAAUUAAAAGCGGUAAUUUCUUGCUGAGACAUCAAUUCAUAUUGUCUCUUUGAUUAAGUUAAGCUAUCCAAAAUUAGCUUUUGGUACACUUCUGAAACAUGAAAAGAAAGUUCAAAGUGAAGUUUGAAGACUGUAAUGAUGCCAUCCAUUUCUGUCCGUGAACAGCUGAAUAAGACAUUUGUACGCAGUUUCCUAAAAUUGAAUUUGUCGGAUUUUUCACUUUCUACAAGAACCCAAAAUUCUGCACUUAUACCCUUCCUACUCUUGUAGUUUAAUGAAAAAGUGUGUGCACGUAGUCCUUUCCAGUCAAUAUUUUGUAAGCUGCUUAUGCUUUUUAACAUUAAGUACGUUUAUUAUUCAAGUCAGUAUAUGUUUCCAGACAUCUUUCAGACAGUAGCAGCCAUUUCAGAGUCCUGAACAAGUAUUUCAUUGCUAGCUCAAGAUAAUGGUGGUUACAGUUUCGUAGGUUUAGGUAACUUGUUUUUUUCCCUUACUGAGAAAAUAGAACUAGUGGGUUAGUGGUGUAACAAAAUAUACAAAUGUAACCAUUGCUGUUCAACACCUUUUUAGAGAAAAUACUGUUUCAGAAUUGGACUUUGUCAUAUUUCAGAUCUGAGUUGACUUUUUUUUAAGGCCAGGAAAAACUAAUAGAAAUAUGGUCAAACAAUUAAUUGUAGUUGUCCAAAAUUACUGAAAUGUCACUAAUGUCUAUUUCAUAUCUUGUAUUAAAGCUCUGUAAAGAAAUUCCAUCUGGUAGAUGGUCAGGGAGGGAAGGUGGGGGGAGUAUUUUUACUUAGUGAAGUCUGUUAAGUUGUGCUUCAGAUAAAAAUGUACUCCUGAGCUGUUUUUCUAAUGUUGGUCUAUGGUUUUGCAAUUUUGUUAUUCAAAAGUAGUUGCUGUUUGUAAAAUAAACUUUUGUACAUAUC